AUUGUAAUAUGUAUCUUCCUGCUCAUUGCCAUUUGUUCUUUCGUUCUCUUCGAGACUUGGUCAUCGGUAUCUUCUCUCUUGUCUUCUUCCUCUUUUGCCAUUGUUCCAUUCAGUUAAAGCUCCCACAGAAAUUGGAAUAUUAAUUACUCUGCACAGCAUACAUCCCACAAAAUAAAAAAUCAGCCAACUCAAUUGCUGAAACAAUGUCAAUGGAGGAGCUAAAAGAAGAUGAUCAAAUGCUUGCCAAACUUAAAGAAGCUUGUUCUGAUCUCAAGAACCUUCUUCAAAUCUCAUUCAAUGUUGAAACAAGCUUAGCAGAAAUGGAAGAUAAAUUUGAUGGUAUGCAAGAAAAUCUAUCCAUUGCUUCUAGAAGAAUAGCUCCCUUACAAUCUCUUUCAAUUGCUAACAAAGCCCUUGAUACAAGAAUCAACAGAGCAAUUUCUCCAGCUCUUGCACUUCUUGAAAGUUUCAAACUUUCUGAAUCCCUCCAGCGUAGACUUCUUGAUCUUGCUACCAAAUUAUCUAACGAGAAAUCGUCGAAUAAAAGGCUCAAGAAACUGAUCAAGUAUGUAGACACAGUGGACAAUUUGAAUGAGGCUAUUAAUUCAAUAAGCAAAGAGUGUGAACCAGCUAUUCAGAAAUUGCAAGAAGUGGUGGAGUUUUUAAGUAGGACUAAGGCUACUGAUCAGUUCAGGACGCGUCGAUUGAGAGAGACUUUGAUUACCCUUAAAUCCCUUUGUGAAACUGAAGUUGAUGCUAUGAGAUUUGAUGGGCUGUUUGAUGAUGCUUUGUUGAAUUUGCAAGAUGAAUAUGAGAGUUUGUUGAAUAAGAUGAGGCAUAGGAAUUUUAUGGAGGGAAAAGUUGAUAGUGAUGAUCAAGAUGAUGUUGCUACUGAAAUGGUGCCUACAGAUUUGGGAAGUGAAUUAGAGGUUGAAGUGCUUACUAAAAUCUCUGAGACCCUGGCUGCAAAUCAUUGUCUUGACAUAUGUAUUGAUAUCUUUGUGAAGGUAAGGUAUAGAAGAGCAGCCAAAGCAUUGAUGAGACUGAACCCCGAGUACCUAAAAACAUAUAGUCCAGAAGAAAUCGAUGAGAUGGAAUGGGAGAGCCUAGAGACAGCAAUAUCCCUCUGGAUCCAACACUUUGAACUUGCUAUCAAGAAUGUAUUUGUAUCAGAAAAGAAACUCUGCUGCCAAGUUUUAGGCACAAUAAUGGAUGGAGUAAUAUGGCCAGAGUGUUUUGUCAAGAUCGCCGACAAGAUAAUGGCUGUCUUCUUUCGAUUCGGGGAAGGGGUUGCACGAAGCAAGAAAGAACCCCAAAAGCUUUUCAAGCUCUUAGAUAUGUUUGAAUCAUUGGAAAGGCUAAAACCUGAGUUCUCAAACAUUUUCGCCGGUGAAGCUGGUGCUGAUAUCUGUUCGCGAUACAGAGAACUGGAGAAACUGCUUGUACAUUCCUCAACCAAAGUCUUCUUUGAUCUCGGCCUUCAAAUUGAGGCCAAUCAAGAUGUUCUUCCCCCUCAAGAUGGUUCAGUUCCAAAACUUGUUCGUUACGCUAUUAACUAUCUUAAAUACCUUCUAAUGGAUGCCUAUAGCGCGACAAUGGUCAGAGUCCUCAGGACUGAACAAAUAUGGAAAGCUGGAACACUUUCAACACCCGAAACGGAUGAAAACUUGCUGAAAGAUGCCAUGUUCAACAUCAUGGACGCUAUCCGGAGGAAUAUUGAAUCCAAAAAACUGAGGUAUAAAGACAAAGUAUUGCCUCACGUGUUUGUCAUGAAUACUUAUUGGUACAUUUACAUGAGGACUAGAAGUACAGAACUCGGGAAGCUCAUGGGAGAUCAGUAUAUUAAGAAGACAUACAAAAUUGUGGCUGAAGAAUCAGCUUAUUCAUAUCAAAAACAAGCUUGGGGAUCUCUAGUAAGGCUGCUGGACAAAGAGGAUAUUAAAAGAGUUGACAAAGACGGACUUACAGCUAUGGUACGAGGGAAAAUGGAGGCGUUUACUAAAGCAUUCGAUGACAUUACUCAAAGGCAUAAAAACUUUUAUUACAUACCUGAUUCAGACUUGAGAGAGCAAAUGAGAGAGGCUACUGUAAAGCUUGUUGUGCCUGCAUAUACCGAAUUCUUGAACAAUUUCGCGUCUUCUUUACAUGACAAAUCCUAUCCUUCGCCCGAGUAUAUAGAACAUUCAUUAAAUCAUAUGUUUGAGGUUGCUGAUCACAAGACUUCUGGAAAAUCGUCGUUGAGAUUGCGACAAAUGAAAGAUCCUUCGGAUGGUAGUAAUUCAUUAUCAGGCGAACAAUCUCGUAGGAGCAAAGACUUUAGAAGGUCCAAGUCAAGUGUCAUUGAUGCCUGAUAAAUUUUUCAAGUAAUGUGAUGUGAAGGACAACCAUUUGUUAGAAGAAAUGUGAUUGAAAUCUUUUUCUGGUAAUAUUUGUGUUAAGCUAUUGUCA